GAAAAAACGACAUCAAGCGAGUCGGACGUGUAUGAAUGAAGACCGCGACUGUUGCGAGCGUUUGAAGUGUGUGUGAUUAUUUUUUGUGCUGCUGUUAAAGCAACUUGACGCGCGUGUAUAUUUAUAAAUUGUUUGUUGAUCACCAAUAUGCAAACAAACGCAAUAAAAAACAACGCCAAUUAGUCCUUCCAAAAUUACAGAGCGGGCAGCAUCAUGACUUUCUACUGGUGGUCCCAUUGGUUUUGGAUAACCUGUCUGAGUGUACAACUGUUGCCCAAUGGCAUCACAACUGUGGAAACAUAUCCCAGCCAGGACAUAAGCCAAGAAUCCACUACACAACUGGAGGGACAGGCGGCGGACCGGUUAAAAACAGUGGAUCAUGAUGCUGAUGCGCAUCGGCAAACAACAAAAUUAUAUCAAACCACGGCGAGCCAGACUUGGGCUACGGCCACACAGACGAAUAUCAUGGACUUAACGAUUAAGACAACGGCGACAUCAAAGGUCACUCACUCUUAUACAGAAGAUGGCCAGCUGGGGAGUGCAGAUGUCAUGGAAUCACCUUUAUCUGACUCCCCCGACGACGAUGGUGUUGAACUCCAUAGGGAUGAAAUCGUAGAAAUAGACGAAAAUAGAAACGACGACAAGGAGGAGACAAUUGAAAAGAUGAUACAGUCACACAAUCAGUUCGAAUUCAAGCGCUCAGCGGACUUUGCAGUUGUUUCGCCGGCGGAACAGCUUAACAACUAUACGAAUUUUAGUCGUAGCACAAGUACAAAUACAAACAAAAAUAACAACAUAAGCGGCUGCAGUGUAUGCAAUUUCACAAGCACAGCAGCUGCUGGCAGCAGUAGAAGACCAGAAGACAGCAGCAUUACGACAGUUGAGACUUCGACAACGAAAACAUCCACAUCCACAGAGAGCCCAUUACUCAACAGCAGCACUGGUCAAACAGUGGCAGCCACUCCCUCUACGCCCAAAAUCAACACGGAUUGGCUGUCCGAUGAGUUACAAAAGGCUCCGUUUACACUGCAAAACGCUAAAAAGGAGGACGAGCUACAUCGUGCCGAGACCGAUCAUCGUUCGCGCAAGUCCAAAGUGCUUUCAGCAGAAUACAAGCACAUAAAUCGUUACAUCAAUUUCUCCAGCGAUACCAAGAGUCUGUUAACCCGCUCAGCAUCAGCGACACCCAGCGUUUCAGGUUAUAAUCCAGAUGAAGGGAAUAUAUCUUCCGAGGCGCUAGCCAUUCAAGUGAGCAGAGACAAAAGGCAGAGCUAUUUCUUGGAUGCAGGCACCAUAUCGGCCUUGUGCUUUACUGUCUUCGGCAUCUGCUGUACCGUGGGCACCAUUGGCAUUGUCCUGUAUCGGCGGCGGUAUCUAAAUAAACCGCAGGCGCUUAGCGAGCCCGACUCGAGCGUUUACAUCGACGAUAGUACGAUGCGUGUAAGUGAUAACUCGGAUGAGAUGUACAGCCUGGAUAACGACUCGUUUCUUAACUCGCUUGAGGCAAUGACAAUACAGAACUACUGGACAGACACUGUCAAACAUACAAAGCUUUAAUUUCUAACGUCUGUUGUGAAAGGUUUCCAUUCUUCCCGCCCUCUACCUCCACUAUCUCCCGUAACCCUAGCGCUUCUUCCCGCAUCUAACUACAUAACUAGCUUAACCCAACUGACAUGGAGAGCACACAGCAAACACAUCAUAAUCAUUAAGGAGGCGCCGAAUUGUGCGAUUAUCAAUUAAGUAAGGCCCUUGGUAGGUUCAGCGCAUGUAUUUACUAAUAAUAGGCAUUUGUGCAGCUCAAUGGAUAUGUAUGUAACCGAACGUGUAAACUAGAUUAAGCAAAACAACCAAAAUUAUGUUUAGUAUAGUAUAAAUUAUAAUUUAAGUGCGCAAUGUUAUUUAUUAGUUGUAACUGUUGACACUGUCUGCCUUUAAUCGCCAAUUUCGAUACAAUUGUUCGAUAAGUUCGAUUAAACUUCUUACCAAAGUAACCGAAUGAACGUUCAGCUUUUUUGUUCAGUCCCAUUAUCGUUCAUUACAAUUCGUUCGUCUAGACCGCGAUUAAGUUGUAUCACUAAGCAAAUAACCUGUAUAGAA